AUGGAUCAGUUGAACGUGAAAGAACAGCAAGAAUUUCAACAGGUCGUGGAGCAGAAGCAAAUGAAAGACUUCAUGAGAUUAUAUUCCAACUUGGUGUCCAGAUGUUUCGAUGACUGUGUCAACGACUUCACCUCCAGCAACUUGACCUCCAAGGAAACAUCUUGCAUUUCCAAGUGUUCCGAAAAGUUCCUAAAGCACUCCGAGAGAGUUGGCCAAAGAUUCCAGGAGCAAAACGCUUUGUUGAUGCAAAACAUGCAAAAACAAUAA